AUGGACAGUCCCCUGGUAAAGGAAGUCGCUUUGUCGUUCGGCGCGCUCCAAACAGCGGCACGACUAAGCCAAUCCAUCAUAGCGGCGGCAGACAAGGGCGUCGUUGAAAAGGACGAUCUCAGCCCCGUCACCGUUGCCGACUUUGCUGUCCAGGCGCUUCUGAUAGCGACGUUCAAGCACGCAUUCCCCCAUGACCAAUUCGUCGCGGAGGAGGACGCCUCCGGCCUGAGACACAACGAGGAUCUCCUGGGUCGAGUAUGGGAUCUACUGCAGAGCAUCAGGGGCCACGGUGAGGCCGCCGCCCUGUGCACGUUGCCCCAGUCCAAGGAGCACGUCUGCCAGCUCAUCGAUCAGGCCGGCUCAAGCGCGCCUGGUGGCAAAGGGUCCGGCAGGAUAUGGGUUUUUGAUCCGAUCGACGGCACAAAGACGUACGUACGGGGACAACUAUACGCCAUAAACAUUGCGCUGUUGGUCGAUGGGGAGCAGGUCCUCGGGUCCGUCGGCUGCCCCAACAUGUCCAUGGAUGCCGUUGCGCCCCUGAGGAACGAAGACGUCGACCCCCUGGGCGAGGGCUGUAUUGUAUUUGCCGUCCGCGGGCACGGCGCAUACGUCCGGCCCAUCAAAGCUUCCCGCCACAACCACGCGGCUGCCAGACGUCUCUCUCGCGCCUCCGACGCAGGAGACUUGCGCUUCGUCACGUGCGUCGGCGUCGUGGACUCCGCGCUGGACGGGGCGCACGAAGUCGUCGCCGACAGGUUGGGAGCUGCGUUCCCGGGGUGUGAUCUCGUCCCCUGGGUCCUUCGCUGGGCAGCGCUGGCCCUUGGGCUCGGGAACACGACGGUGUGGGUGUACAAGCGACGAGAUCGGUAUGCCAAGGUGUGGGAUCACGCAGGCGCCAUGCUAUUGUUCCAAGAGACGGGGGGGAAGAUCACAGACGUCCUUGGCAGACCGAUCGAUCUGUCUGUAGGUAGGAAGAUGAGCGCCAACUUUGGUUUUGUAGCCGCACCGGAGCAUCUUCACGGCACUGUAUUAGAGACGGUGCAUAGAGUGUUGGAGGAACAAGGUCACCAGGAAAUGUUGACGGCUUGA